GUGCUUUGGGGCAAAGAGAGGCUUUCUUCAAUGCCAGUAUCAACCAGAUUCUGACGUCCAUUGUCAGAGUGGACCCAAUUGCUUGCCAGAAUGUGCUGGAGAGCAGCUGGGAAAGGAUGACGAUGACUGUUCGUUGCAGCCAAUUGAGAAAUGUGACGGCUAUGUUUGGCGGGUAGGCCGUGCCACCCAGUGCAAGAUUGAGCCUGGUGGAAAUCCAAGUGGCGCAGAUAUUUGUGCCAACGCAUACUUUUGUGGUGUGCGAUGA